UCCCGUAAAAAAAAAAGCCCGUGCGUGUAGCGUUGCUCGGCUGGCUGUGAAUUCUUCAUGUCAGUGUCAUGCUCAUUGUGGUUUCCACACGAGCUCCUGAUUUUGAGGCCACAAACAUCACUCUUGUCUUAGCCACAGCAUCUCCAUCCAAAUUUCGCGCAUCAUCUUCCUUCACACCACUACCAGCCAUCCUCCCAGCCCAGAACCAUGGCGGCCACGCUCUCCUCCGUGUCGGCCUCAUCCAAGCACUGCUCCGUCGUCAGGGCUCAGCACUCGUCACUUCCUUCCAUCCUCUCAACAUCACCAGCCAAGAAAACUGCCUUCCGUGGGGUUUCCUUGGUGGACAGCAGAUGGUUGCGCAGGGGCGGCGCGCGGCGAAGGCUGGUGCAGGUGAAUGCCAAGACCGCCGGCGCGGCCAAGAACAUCGAGGUGGAGGUCGACAAGCCGCUCGGCCUCACCCUUGGCCAGAAGUCCGGCGGCGGCGUCGUCAUCACCGGUGUGGAGUCCGGAGGGAAUGCAGCAAGAGCAGGGCUCAAGUCAGGCGACCAAGUGCUCUACACAAGCAGCUUCUUCGGUGAUGAAUUGUGGCCGGCAGACAAGCUGGGUUUCACCAAGACAGCCAUCCAAGCAAAGCCAGACUCUGUAUACUUUGUAGUAAGCAGAGGUGGUGGUGAUAUUGAUGUGAAGCGCCUGCCCAAGAGGCCGGCGCCCCCUCGGUUUGGCCGGAAGUUAUCUGAUUCACAGAAGGCUAGAGCAACACACAUCUGCCUUGAUUGUGGAUACAUAUACUUUCUACCCAAGGCUUUUGAAGAACAGCCUGAUGAGUAUGGCUGUCCCCAGUGCAAUGCGCCAAAGAAGCGAUUCGCGAGAUACGACGUAGAGUCUGGGAAGCCCAUUGGCGGUGCACUGCCACCUCUUACGGUGAUAGUCAGUUUGGUUAUCGGCAUCGCUGGCAUAGGGGCUUUACUUGUAUAUGGCCUUCAAUAGGCUUGUUCGUCUCUUCAGAAAUUUUGUUCUGGCCGACAAGCUCAACCGAUUGCUCAUGUACUCUAUCUAACAGAAAAUUCCAGUAAUGAAGGGGUAAAAUGCAACAUGUUAUGUUUGAGGCUAA